AUGUACUUUAAACACACGGUCGCCGCGCUGCUGGCGGCUGCGAGAGGGAUUGCGGGUCAAGGUUAUGGCAAUGGGUAUCCAACGUCAGGAGGCGGGUCGCAAUUGCACAGCCAUGGAGAGGAUUUCGUGCCGGACUAUCUGCUACGGGUCACCUAUGUGAACCAUACAGUGGCAUGUCAGACUCAUAUGUCAGUGUUGGUGAAUGGCACUUCACCAGCACCAACGCUCAGGUUGCCGCCCGGGAGGACAACGUGGGUCAGGGUAUGCAACGAUAUGGAUGCAUACAACACGACAAUACAUUGGCACGGCUUGAGCCAGCGUACAGCACCAUUCAGUGACGGCUCGCCCGUUUCGCAGUGGCCAAUUGCGCCGCAUCGAUGCUUUGAUUAUGAAGUCCACCCCGAGCAAGAGAAUUCAGGAACGUAUUUUUACCAUUCUCACGUUGGAUUUCAAGCCGUGUCUGCUGCUGGUCCCCUUAUUGUUGAAGACUUCGGGCUGCCACCUUACUCCUAUGAUGAAGAGCGGAUUGUGUUCCUUCAGGACUAUUUCAACAAGUCCGAUGAGACGAUUGAAAAGGGACUCAUGGCCACUCCUUUUGUUUGGUCUGGUGAGACCAAUGCUGUGCUCAUCAAUGGCAUUGGAGUCGCAAUCGGUGAAAAAGCUGGCAAUGGCAACUGUAAGCUGCCUGUUAUUGACGUGGAGCCUGGAAAGACGUACCGUUUUCGAUUUAUAGGUUCAACGGCUUUGUCCAUGGUCGCCUUUGGAAUUGAGGGACACGAUCGAUUUGAUGUCAUUGAGGCAGAUGGCCACUACACGAAGCCGCACUCAGUCGAUUAUAUGCUUUUAUCAUCCGGUCAACGUUUCGACGCCCUCUUCCGAACGAAAACCAUAGAAGAGCUUGGAAACAAAACAGACUACUACAUCCAAUUCGAGACCAAAGACCGACCGACAGUCUACACAGGCUUCGGUGUCCUGCGCUACUCCCAUGCCGAACCAGUCAUCACAACAGCACCCCCGAUGAACCCUAUCGUCCUCACAAACGAAACCUACAACUUCCUCGAGUAUGCUCUGGAGCCACUGGUCCCCAACGAUUUCCCCGUCGCUUCCGAAGUCACACGUCGCAUCCAUAUCACCAACCGCCAGAUUCUCGACUCUACCAUUGUCUGGCAACUCGACGGACUAAACUGGACUGACCACGUCGCCGCAAACAGCCCCCCUUAUCUCGUCGACCUGUACAAAAACGGUCCAUCCACAAUGCCAAACUUCACCGCCGCCAUAGAAAAUGAGGGCUGGGACCCCGUAACGCUGACAUGGCCCGCGAAGCUCGGCGAAGUCCUGGAGAUUAUCCUUGAGAAUACUGGAAGUUUGGUGAAUUCAAAUGGAGGCUUUGAUUACCACCCCUUCCAUCUCCAUGGGAGCGCUUUCUACGAAUGUGGAGGUGGAUUUGGGAUCUACGACCCCGUUGCCAACGAGGAGAAAUUGAAGAACUACAACCCUGUCAAGCGCGACACCACGAAUCUAUACCGAUACGGCGCCAAAGGUGUCGCGGGCGAGAGGAACGGAUGGCGAUGUUGGCGCCUGAGGGUGCAGGAUGCUGGGUUCUGGAUGUUGCAUUGCCACGUCCUACAGCAUAUGAUCAUGGGUAUGAAUGCAGUCAUGGUUAUGGGAGAUUACGAGGAUAUUGCGAAGAUCCCAUAUUCGGGGGCUGCAGGGUACUUGGAAUUUAAUGGGACUGCGUAUGGUGGGCAGGACAUUUCGCCGAUUGCGUGGCACAACUGGGACAAGUAG